CAUGCGCAGUGUAAAACAGCCGCAUGUGGAUGUUUUUAGCUGAAAAAACGUGUGCUCACAUUCACCGGCUACAAGAAGCUACAUCUGCUUGUAAUUUUUGGGUGCUGCAACACGAACCAUGGCAAAGACAGACGCUAAAGCACGCAAAAGACGAAGCAAAGCUGUCACAGAUGAAGUUGUAGAAGAAGAGGACAGCGCUAAAACUGAAGGACAGACAGAGACUGUCUCUCCAAGACAAGAACAAGUCGGGACAGAAGAGGAUGCUCCCAAGGAGGACCAAGAUGAAGAUGAUUCUCAGAUGGACACUGUCAUCGAAGUUAAAGGAAAUGUGUCCACUGUGACUGUAUCCUGGGACCAGAAGACGGCAAAGAAAACCAAUGGAAGUGAUCAGAUGGUGGAUAGUGCUGAUGCAGUUGGCUCCACAGAAGACGCUCCCAAUGAGAGUGCAGAGACAGAGAUGAAGCAAGAGAUCCAGGAAUCUGGAGAAUCUCAGAUGGACGUUGUCGCUGAAAGUACGGACAGAGUAACUGAAAGCCUGGAAAAGGAGAAUGAGGAGGGAGAGAACAAUGAUGUUGAAAAGGAAACCAACGGAGGUGAAGAGAUGAUUGUUGAAAAGAAAGCAGCAAAAAGGAAACUGAAGGCACGCUCUACUGCUGAGACCUCCGCAUCAAAGAAAACUAAGGUCAUCAGUGAAGUUGCAGUAAAAGGGAAACAGAAGAAACACUCGACUGCUGAGACCUCCCCAUCCAAGAAAACCAAGCCCGUCAAUAAAGUUGCAGUAAAAGGGAAACAGAAGCAACAUGCUGCUGUUGAGACCCCCCAACCAGAGAAAGAGAAAUGUAUCAAUACAGGUUUUUGUCUUUUUGUUGGCAACUUGGAUAAAUCCAAAAAACGUGCAGAAGUCGAAGAUUCGUUAGCAAAGUACCUCAUGACACAAAGUGUCCUGGUCAAUGGCAUCAGAGUAGAUCAGUCCAGAAAAUUUGCAUAUGUAGAUUUGGCCUCAGAGAUGGACUUGACCAAAGUCUUGAAGUGUAAUGGAGAAAUGCUGGAUGGCAAGCCAAUGGAGAUCGCCAGAGCAAGGGUCGUAACUAAGGAGAUUGUGAAAGCUUCAGUUGAGGACCAAAAGGAAGCCAAAGAUGGAAAAUGUUUGUUUGUGAAGAACAUCCCGUACUUGGCAACAAAAGACGACAUUCUCAAUAUCUUCCGCAAGGCCAUCAACGUGAGGUUUCUUGGUGGAUCUGAGAGGCCAGAGAAAGGCGUUGCCUUUGUGGAGUUUCAGAAUAAAACUAUUGCUAGGAGACUAUGGCAGCGAAAACAAGGAGUCCAGCUCCAAGGCAGAAUUUUGACUGUGGACCGUAUUGGAGCAACAGUCACUAAAGCUGCAGCUCCUCCAAAUAAAUCCUUAUUUGUGCAUAAUUUGCCUCCUGAUGUGAAAAAGAAAACCCUCAAUAAACUCUUUCAGAAUGCCACAAAUAUCAGCUUACCUAAGCACGAGGGCAAGGCAAGGGGGUUUGCAUUUGUCAUGUUUGCAAAUUUGGCAGAGGCUAGAAAGGCCUUGGAGUCGACCCAAGACGUAAAGAUUGGCAAAAAGCUGAUCAGAGUACAGUUCGCUGCAAUGAAAGCAAAAGCAGAGACAGAAAAAGUCAAGACAACACUGAUUGUGAUGGGCCUUUCUGAGAAGACAACCGCAGAGACUCUUAAAAGUGUUUUUGAAGGCGCUGUGAGUGCAAGAAUCAGUGUAGAUAGAGACACAGGAGUUUCAAAAAGGUACGGUUUUGUGGACUUUGAUAGUGAAGACGCUUGCAAAGCUGUCAAAGAAGCCAUGGAGGACUGUGAGAUAGACGGCAGCAAAGUGACUGUGACUUACGCAAAAAUGCCUGGCGCAAACCGUACAAGACGCCCCAGCAAGCCACGUCGUGGACCGAUCUUAGGUCUGGCGGCUGACAAAGGUGGGCGGAAAAGCAGAGGCAAAGGUGGACACGGCAGAGGAGAUAAAGGACUUGCAGCUCGCAUGCCAAAGAAAGCUGUUAAAAUGCUGGGAAAUAACAAGUCCUCCACCCCCGAAUGUCCUCCGUUCAUUCCUCUGUAAAUGAACCACAGGAGUGUUUCCUAAAUGAUCACAGCUGCCAGUGGAUGACAAAGUAGCUCGUGUGACAGUUAAUGGUUGCAGUUUAAAACCUGUGGGUGAUGUUAUGAAGCGGUCGCCGUUGCACCAAAGCUGCGUGAUUAGGUUUCGAGGAAACAUUGUGGUUUGCCUUAAAAUAAGAUUGUGACAUAUAUCGAAUGACAUACGUUGACAUACUGUUGUUAAAAUAACCCUAUGUUGACUUUUGGUUUCACACGGGACAUGAACACCAGUCUCCUGGAUGAAAGUCAAGUGCUUGUUGGACUCAUCACGGGGAUGAAAAUGAUGUAAUUGUAUGGCUCCUGUAGACUUCAUCGGACCUAAUGGAUCAAAUUGUGAUAGUGAAACGAGUCAUUUUGGUGGCGUUGUGAUGCUCAAAAAACUGUUUCUCAUUUUCAGAGGUCUCUUCCCCCAUGUUAGUCUAUGGGAAAAAAUCUUUUUAGGCCCGAUGGCCCUGAAAUCAUAGUUACACCGUUUGCCCACUAUGUCAAAUUAGCUUCAAAGUCCUGUGCAUUUCCUGGUGGUCCCCCAAGAAGUUUUUUUUUUUUUUUUUUUUUAAAUUGUCACAACCACAACCCUUGCAAAUUUGAACCGUUACAUUAUCAGGAUUUGAUCCAUUCUGUGUAUGUUGUUUACCCCAGAGGUCAGAGUAAUUUAAAUUGAACUUUUUGGCUUCAUGUGGCACUAAGGUACUUUCAAAGAAAUGUACAGGCCACCUUCUCUAACACUAUGUCCAAUGCUUCAUCUGCUGACCUCCUCCUUUGCUCCUGUAUUAAUUAUAAUGGCCACUAGAGGUAGCCGCCUAACAAACUGGAUACAGCGUUGGUGAUAGGGCCCAGUUCAUUCCUAUUAAAGUCACUCAGUGGCACAUUGGUUCUGCAUUCCGCUGACUGAGCCAGCGACCUCCAGUUUACUGCUCCAUUAGUGUGAUUGGGGAUAAGAUAAUUCAAUUGUGUGGCUCUGUAUCCACUAAUGUAAACUAAAUUAGUAUCCACUAACUCACAGACAUCUCUUUUCCCAUGUAAGUCAAAGGGAAAAAGUCUUUUUGGGCCACAUGGCAACAUGUGACGGACCCAGAAGUUGUCAUUCCACUGUUUGGCCACUAUGAAAAUUGGCUCCCUGGCGCCCAGUAGCUCAGUGGGUAGAGCGGGCACCCGAUGCACCAAGGCAGCGUCCUUGCUGCAGCAGCUUUGGGUUUAAUUCCAGUAUGCAGUCCUUGCUGCAUGUCAUCCCCCCUCUCUCUCUCCUUCAUGCCUCAAACUGUUCUGUCCUUAAAGGCAAAAAAAGCCCAAAAAAUAAUCUUUAACAAAAUAAUAGAAAAAGAAAAAUGGCUUCAAACCCCUGAAUACAUCCCGGUGGUCUGGUGAAGUCUCACUUGGUGUGUGCAAGUGUGUGAAAUGUGUACAGUGCUGUUAGUCCUACCUGAUGGUAGGACAGGAGACACCUUGUAAUUUAAUCUGUUCUAUUUUGUACUUUAAAUCAAUAAUUUCAUGAUUGUUAUUAAAACACACGAAAGAACACUGACUUGUUGGUUAGAUUUAUUCCUGAUAUGAAAAUAAAAAUACCUUA